CCAAAAAUAAUUUAAAAGAAAGGGCCAAAUUUCUUAAACCCUAAUCCCAAAACCCUUUUCCGCAAACAACAUUUGUUUUCUCUCGCAGUUGGAAUGUCUCUGCAAUUCGCUAUUUGAAAUCCCAUUUUCUUAAUUUUACUUGAUUAACUUAAAUCUCGAGAUAAACGAGCUUGUUUAUUGAGCGUGAGAGAGCAAUGGAGGUGGAUAGGGAAGACGGACGCACGCAGAACCAGUUGAGACCUCUCGCCUGUUCUCGAAACGUUCUCCAUCGUGCUCAUGGCUCCGCCAGUUGGUAUCAAGGAGACACGAAAGUACUUGCUGCUGUUUACGGGCCUAAAGCUGGAGCAAGAAAGAAUGAGAACCCUGAGAAAGCUUGCAUUGAAGUUAUUUGGAAGCCUAAAACAGGACAGACUGGAAAACUGGAAAAGGAAUAUGAGAUGAUAUUGAAGAGAACUCUGCAGAGCAUUUGUAUUUUGACUGUUAACCCAAAUACUACAACAUCGAUUAUAAUUCAGGUUGUCAAUGAUGAUGGUGCUCUUCUCCCAUGUGCCAUAAAUGCGGCAUGUGUGGCCCUUGUAGAUGCAGGAAUUCCUAUGAAGCAUCUUGCUGUUGCAAUAUGUUGUUGUGUGGCCAAGAGUGGAUAUGUUAUAUUGGAUCCCACCAAGCUAGAAGAGCAGAAAAUGAAGUCAUUUGCAUAUUUAGUUUUCCCAAACUCAGUCCAUUCAGUGCUUCCUGAAGGAAGUGUGCAAGGUGAACCUAUGGAACAUGGAAUUGUUACAUCUGUCACCCAUGGUAUAAUGUCAGUGGAUGAUUACUUUUACUGCCUAGAACGAGGGCGUGCUGCUAGUGCCAAGUUGUCCGAUUUUCUCAGGAGGAGCUUGCAACAGCACCCAACUGAUUCAUCUAAAGCUGGGUGACUCUGAAUUAGAUUUUCAGGCAGACAAUUGAUUCACUGGUUUGUGAGAUUUCAUGCUAUACUGGAUACUAGCAUAGCCAUUGUUGUACUAAUUUCUAGCUCUCAUUUUUAUGUACUUUAAUAGUAUUUCUGACCAUAUUGUAUUAGAAAUUUGAUGUAAAGAAUAUAAUUUUCAGCUCUGAUUGUUUCUGAAUUGUGAUAUUCUGCAGUACUGUUGAUUAAUGGAUCUGAUAUUCCUAAGA